GCCUGUUAUUUUUUUUACCUGUUUGAAAGAGAACUGCGCGAGUGUUUUUCUGCCUAGUCAUGUCCCAAAUCUCCAGUCUCGUGGUUAUUUUUUCAGCACUUUCGUGUUUCAACUGCUCCCCAGCUGAUCCCGUGGAAGACGGCGAAGACAGGGACCCGAUGGAAGAACCGCUUACGGACGGAUGGUGGUUUGGUCCUCCCGUCACAUCAGUCAACUUCUUCAUGAAGGCUCUUCGUUUCGCGGCCGAAGAAGAGGCCCUUCUGCGGGAGUUUUCUCGGAUUGACACCGACAGCGUGCAUGAUGAAAGCAGUGAAGAUGAGUGCCAGAAUGAAUCAUUGCCUGAAAAAGUUGUACCGAGUGCACAGCCGCCUGCCGCGCGCCGCGCCCCUCGGGCCGGGAGAAGCGAGGAGGCGGUGUGCCGCUCCGCUGGGGCUGGCGGCAAGGAUGUCUGCGCGGAGGCCGGCAGCCCUGGCUGCGCGCCGUCGGAGGAACACGACGGAGAACGCCCGUUCGAGAACGACGGUCUCUAAUUACAGAAGAUCCUCGGCAGACGUCACCGCUAAUGUUUACGGUGCAUGGGGCUUCCGACACCAACAUGAAGAAUUGACUAGUCAAAACAAGAGCUCCUGUGAAUUUCCACACAUCACAAUAAUAUUGGUACUUAGUAAACUAUUUCAAAUGUACUUAAAUAGUGACUAUGUAUUUUGAAAACACAAAAAUAAAUAACAUUCUAAUAUAAA